AUGAUUCAGAACCUUGAAAACGUCAAAGUUACCAUCUCUGAAGGUGCACUCGUGGCCGUGCUCACACUCGAACCCGGCGGCGGGGAGCGCGCAGGCACUCUGCUGCUGCUGCGCAUGAUGGACCGAGCUCUGCCACGCCCUCAGGGCCUUGGCCUGGUGCCCCUGGUAGCGACGAAGUCGGCGAGGCCCACGGCCCCGGCCCGCGCCGAGCCUCGGCGCGCCGCAGACGACGCGCCGCCCCUCUCCAACAGGGAGCCGGCAUCGACCGCUUCGCCGCUGGCGCGGACGAGCAGGCGCCGCUUCGUCUGCUCGUCCUCUGGCUGCCUCCGCAUGAGCGCCACGGUCCCCGCGGCGCUCCCGUCGUGGUCGAUGGCCGCGGCGCCUGCGCUGGCGCCGGCUGCCAUGGAAGCUGCGCUGGCCCUUCGUACAUCAUGA